AGUCGCGAACCCGAGAAGAGAGAGAGAGAGAGGCUCAUCGCCAAUCCGACCAACGCAACCACUCCAACCCACCGGCGGCGGCGGCGGCGGCGGUGGGGCGCGGCGACCCGGCACCACGCGACCCCGGCGUCGCCAUGCCGCACUCGCGCUCCGAUUCGGGGUCGGGUUCCCGCGGCGCUGACCCUUGCCGUGGGAGGAAGCGCGGGAGGCUGUUGAUGCUCGAGGAGGAGGAGGAGGAGGAGGAGUCGGGGAUGGAGGGGUGCUCGGCGCCAGCAUGCGGCGAUGUGCGGGGGGAUUUCGUUGGAUGGUGUUCGGACCGGCAUCAGGUGGCUUCCUGCAGCGGCGACCAGACGCAAAGCGCCAGCAUGUUUGCCGCGAUGCAGGAGAACGCCUGCUCCAUCGAUAGCAAAGGUGUGGUGUGUCCGCAGUCCGGGCUAGGGUAUUCAGCUGGCCAGAACGGGACGCACGGUGGUGGCGGGUCUAUGCUGCAUCAGAAUUUGGAAGGCUGCAUGUAUAUGAAUCAGCUUGGGCAGAUGUGCGGCCCUUAUCCACCUGAACAACUGUACGAUGGAUUAUCCACUGGUUUCUUGCAUCGAGACCUUGCUAUUUAUGCCGUUUUUGGUGGGAAAAUGGCCAACCCUGUUUCCUUAGGUUCCCUGAAACAGUUUCUUUCACAAUGGAGUUCUGAUUCUGUGGUCGCCACAAGAGACGAAUCGGUGGAGAAUAAGAAAAUGGCCCCUGUUAACAAAUUGAUUCUUCCUGAUAAUCUUUCAAGUGAAGAAUCAUGUUGGAUGUUUGAGGACGCAGAAGGCCGCAGGCAUGGGCCACAUUCUCUUGCUGAACUUUCUUAUUGGCAUCACAGUAGCUAUCUACAUGACCUUUCAAUGAUUUACCAUGUUGAUAGCAAGUUUGGCCCAUUUACACUUGUAUCACUAAUUGAUUGGUGGAGUGGAGGCACAGAGCAUUCAGAAUCUUCAGCCAAUGAUUCUGGGUCACUGAACGCUUUAAUGGAUGAUGUAGUUGAAGAUAUCAGCCAUCAGCUGCAUGCUGGAAUUAUGAAAUCAGCCCGCAAAGUUUUUAUUGAUGAAAUAUUUAGCAGCGUACUUCCAGAAAUGAUUGCUUGCAGGAAGACAGAGAAGCAAAUGGCUGCAAAACGUAAGAGCCAAGCUGCUAAGACUGACAAUGUGAGUAACAAGAAUGCUUUGGUACUUAAGGGCAAGGGUGAUGGAACAUCUACUCGUCCAAAAAGCCUAAACUCGUAUAAUAAUAAAGUACCGGAAGAUCCUUCUGUGGCUGUUCAAUCAACUGCAAUGCAGUAUGAAUUUGCUGAUAUAUUAUCGGCAGUUUGGGAAACAAUUUAUAACAAAUCCAUGAAGAGUAUCUGGGAUGAAGUACUGUAUGAUCCUGUCAUGGACUACUGUGAUGCAUGGCUUAAAAGAAAAAAUGAGUCGAAUCUUCUCUCUACAGUUGUUCCUGGAGCCUCUGAUAACCAAAAGAUGCAAGACACAGAUGAAAUGUCACCAAAGGCAAUUUGUGAUUCAGAUGCUCCUGAAAGUGACAUGGAUUUCCCUCCAGGAUUUGGACCAAAUCAGGAAUCUGCUGAGCAUUCCCACUCUGCGUGUGUUGAGUAUGUUACUGAAAAAACAGAUGGGAGGUCUGGAUCAAGUAUCACGUUGUUUUCUGGCCCCUUAGGACGAGUUCAGGUAAUGCUGGCAAAUGAACUAUAUGUGGCAGCAAAGGAAGCUUUGUUCCAGCAUUUUGAGGAGGUCAUUUCAGAGGAGAUAACAAACUGUUUGUGCAUUGGAUUUGAAGAUGAUAUUAAUCAAGAACGAAUUCGUACGCCUGUUCACGCACCAGAACCAUCCAGUCCUCCUGGAAUAUCUGUGCAUGAAACGCCCAGUCCUGCUGAAAUGCCUCGAGAUGAAAUUUCGGAUAUGGCUGAAAUGGCUCGAGAUGAAAUUUCAGAUAUGGCUGUAGAUACAAUACCCUGCCCUGCUGAUAUGGCGGCAUCUGGAACAUCAACUGUUCCUGAAGUGACAACAGACAAACUGAUCAUUCCUUACGUGGAACAUCAAUCGCCCUCUGCAUCUCAUGCAAGUAUAUUUGAAAAGUUGGAUGCACAUGAAGAAGCUGAAUUGGAUGACAGUUUUGAUGAGGUGCCUCCUGGAACAGAGGCUGGCUUAGCUUCAUUGGUGAUUAUGGAGAAAAACAAAUACCAGCCCUCAAAAUCAGUAGACUCAGUGCUUGACAUUUAUAGAUAUACUAGUUGGGCAUUCUUCAGGCAAAUACUGCAUGAGAGUGUAAUGAAAGAGUGGGCAUCUCUCUUCUCAGGUGCUCUCAGCAAUUGUUUUGACUCAUGGUAUGCCAGGAAAAAUAUUGUGGCUAAAACCAUGGAUGAUACAUUGAGACCCAAAGAAUAUACUUACUACAGGAAGAGGAAACUGAGGAAAAACUGUGAAGCAUCAUCAUCAGAAAAACCAAUGGAUGAGCAGCUCUCCAGACCUCUUCGUGAUCUUGUUGAAUGCAAGGUUAAUAUGAAAAAUAUCCAUCGAUCAAGCAAGGCUGGGAUUUCGCAGAGAGUUUCUGUUGUGGAGAAGCCCUCCAAAAAGCGUGCCAAACCUUCACAUAAUGAUAAUAUUAAUCUGAAUAUCCAGCAGGACUUGAAACUCCUUUCCGACAAGGUGCCAAAGAGAAACAGGUCUUCCCAUCCUACCAGUAAGCCUCUUGUUAGUAGCAAAGUGCCUACUGAGGAUAGAACUACAUCAGCAAUGCCUGCAAAGAAAAGAAAGCAGAAAAACUUGGCCACUGAGUCCAACCUGAAGACAAAAGCAGUAAUUUUAUCUCCAGAAUCACAUGGUUGUGAAGCGCCUACUGAGAAAAGAACUACAGCUAUAAUGCCUGUAAACAAAAGAAAGAAAAACUUGUCUGGUGAAUCCAAACUGAAGGCAAAACCGUUAACAAGUCCAGAAUCGUAUGUUUGUGAAGCUCCUAUUGACAAUAGAACUACAUCUACAAUGCCUGCGAAGAAAAGAAAGCAGAAAAACUUGUCCAAUGAGUCCAACCUGAAGAAAAAACCGUUGGUUUUAUGUCCUGAAUCAUAUGGUUGUGCAAGAGCUUCUGUGAGUGGAUGGGAAUGGCGUGAUUGGGCACGCAAUGCCACUCCAUCAGAAAGAGCUCAAGUGAGAGGCUACCGAGUGAGGAGUAUUCUCUCAGCUCCAGAAAAUAAUGUAUUGAAAAGUUCACAAGUUAAGGGCUCAUCUGCAAGAACAAACCGGGUUAAGCUACGGAAUCUGUUAGCAGCCGCUGAAGGCACUGACCUACUAAAAAUUAUGCAAUCGAAGUCAAGGAAGAAGCGGCUACGUUUUCAAAGGAGUAAGAUCCAUGAAUGGGGUCUGGUGGCUCUUGAGUCUAUUGAUGCAGAAGAUUUUGUAAUUGAAUAUGUUGGUGAGCUGAUCCGCCGACAGGUCUCGGACAUACGCGAGGAUCAAUACGAGAAAAGUGGAAUUGGAAGCAGUUACCUUUUCCGUUUGGACGAUGACUAUGUGGUUGAUGCUACUAAGCGUGGUGGGUUAGCAAGAUUCAUCAACCAUUCUUGUGAUCCAAAUUGCUAUACAAAAGUAAUUACUGUCGAGGGCCAGAAGAAGAUUGUCAUUUAUGCAAAGAGGCGUAUAUAUGCUGGCGAGGAACUGACUUAUAAUUAUAAAUUUCCACUGGAGGAAAAAAAGAUUCCAUGCCAUUGUGGUUCCCAGAGGUGCCGCGGAUCAAUGAAUUAGGAAGUAAAGUUUAUAAGUCAGGAGGUAACUGCAAUUGGGUGCUACCCCAGUAUGUAUGUGUCAUGCGUGCUUGUCGAUUGUACUGGGCAGAAGUUCACUGCAGAAAUGUUCUUGGAUUUACUGACAGGAUGGUAAUUGUGUAGCAAGGUAUGGGAUCGUGGAACAUACUGUACUGCAAAAAGAUCACAAAGUUGCUGAGCUUUCUGGCGCAGAAGAAUUUGAACACGUUAUUUAUUUAGGUUAGAUGGACUAAUUCGGGCUAUCCAGAGGAAGGUAAAGCGCUCAAGUGUGGACUGAUGGACUUGUUGGUUGCCUUAGUGUGUCUCCUGAACGAGGUUCAUGUUUACUUGCUGACAAGGUACAUGGAUACAUUUAAUCUAUCAUCCGUGGUGUAUGUGUAUGUAUUUCGUCCAGAAAAAAAAAAGCAUCCGAAUCAUGUGGUCAGGUGGAUACAGACGUGCAUGAAUAUCUGAUAUCACAAUCGUAAGUAUGAAUUCAAGUAUUUUACCAGCUUAUAUGUACUUUGUGCAGGCUAACAACAGGGCAAAAGCAAGCCACUAACAACCAACCCGUUCCAAAAAGAAAAGAAAAAAAAAACAAAGGUCCUGGAUUUUGUUAUAUCAACCGACAGAAAAUGAACACAUUCUUAGAUAUGUUAAUUAGUUAGCGAGUACUAUAUUGUUAUUAGCUUGUUUGCCUAGUGGGAACCGAAGGUGCACUCGUAGACCAGCAUGAUAUACGUCGCAUAAUCAUCUUCAGCUCAGGAGGAAACUAGGCGUCUAGACCGUCCCAAGCAAAUCACCAGUCGAUAACAUCCCUUCCCUCACUGUUUUUUGCGGUUUCUUUAUUCUUUUUUUUUUUGGCUAUUUGGAAUAGCUGCCACGUUUUUUUUGGCAACAGUGCUCCUUGAUUGGACGAGCGAACUGGCUGCACGAGAGUCCACGGUAAUAUUGCUGUUCACCUGAUACCAAUUGUUGCUGUAUGUUAGAAAGGUUUUCACUGUGGAAGAAUGGAAGUGUUUAGAGAGUGAGAAAGAGAAAAGAUGCCUCACUUCAUGACCGCAGAAACCAUAUAUAUUAAGCACUACAAUUCCAACUUGGGGGUACGUAACGUAUUAUUGGCACAAAGCUAUGACCCUUUCUUCCUAAGCCCAAAAUCCUUGGACAGAAGAACGAUGAGCCCAAAUAUACUUCGGUGCAGUACUUGUUUUUAGAGUGGGCUACAAUACAUUGUCAAAUUACUGUUAUACAAUUUAAAUUUAAAAUGUGUUUUGUACAAAGGGAAAUGCCACUUAUGAGCCAUUUUCAGUGGGUCAAUAGUAAAGCGGUCCAAAAAACUGUUUAAACUAAUAAUGGAUCUGACGAAAUAGUUCAAGGGUGACUAGAAAAUUCUCUAUGUUUGUGUUAGCCCAUAGCAUACAUGUCCAGUGAGAUCACAAGUGAAUGCUUGUUACUAAAUUGAAAAUAAAAGGAGAAAAUAAUAAUGGAAAAGUAUGGUUCAUGUGUGUCAAUAAGGUGUCAACGGCCUUGUGCUCGGUCGGAAGAGCAUACAAAGGGGAUAUGCAUGGGAUGGAGGUGAAAUUCCAUGCUCACCUAAUCACUUUUUGGUGGUCGGUUCGAAUCCGGCAGGCCGUCAUAUGCAUGCCUAUAUUUAUGUCAUUGCUAAUUCUGAUUUGUUAUUAUUUUUUCAAAGUUAUCCGUAGGUUAUAGUUAGGUCAAUAGCAUUCGGAUAGCUCAUUUUUUAUUCUUUUUGGCGACAAAGGACAUGUGUAAGUAGGAGUAUUACUCAUUUCAUCCCAAGAUAUAAGAUAUUUUGAUUGGAUAUAAUACAUGAUAGUACUACGAAUCUUCACAGAAAUCGAACCAAAAUCUCUUAUGUUUUGAAAGGAUGGACUAGUCAAUAGUCGUCGUUAUUGUUUCAACAAAAAAGAAGUCUAUAUAAUUCAUGCAA